CCAGCUGUUAGCGAUCCUUAGAAGCACUGCAAAGAUGCCCAGGGAAGACAGGGCCACGUGGAAGUCCAACUACUUCCUUAAAAUCAUCCAACUUCUGGAUGACUAUCCAAAAUGCUUCAUCGUGGGGGCAGACAAUGUGGGGUCCAAGCAGAUGCAGACCAUCCGCUUGUCCCUUCGCAGCAAGGCUGUGGUGCUGAUGGGCAACACCAUGAUGCGAAAAGCCAUCCGUGGCCACCUGGAGAACAAUCCAGCCCUGGAGAAGUGA